UUCCGCCACUCAGCUUCCUUCCCGGCCUGCCUCGCGCCGGCCCGCCGGGCUGGGCCAGAGCAGCCAAGAUGGCCGACUUUGAGGAUCGGGUGUCGGAUGAAGAGAAGGUCCGCAUAGCCGCUAAAUUCAUCACCCAUGCACCCCCAGGGGAGUUUAAUGAAGUAUUCAAUGAUGUCCGGCUACUGCUUAAUAAUGACAAUCUUCUCAGGGAAGGGGCAGCACAUGCAUUUGCCCAGUAUAACAUGGAUCAGUUCACACCUGUGAAGAUAGAAGGCUACGAUGACCAGGUCUUAAUUACAGAGCAUGGUGACCUUGGUAACAGCAGAUUUUUAGAUCCAAGAAACAAAAUUUCCUUUAAGUUUGAUCAUUUACGGAAAGAAGCAAGUGACCCGCAGCCAGAGGAUGUGGAUGGAGGCUUGAAGUCUUGGAGGGAAUCGUGUGACAGUGCUCUAAGAGCUUAUGUGAAAGAUCAUUAUUCCAACGGCUUCUGUACUGUUUACGCUAAAACUAUAGAUGGGCAACAGACCAUUAUUGCAUGUAUUGAAAGCCACCAGUUUCAACCAAAAAACUUCUGGAAUGGUCGCUGGAGAUCAGAGUGGAAGUUCACCAUCACACCACCUUCAGCCCAGGUGGUUGGAGUGCUCAAGAUUCAGGUUCAUUAUUAUGAAGAUGGCAAUGUUCAGUUGGUUAGUCAUAAAGAUGUGCAGGACUCAGUAACUGUUUCUAAUGAAGUCCAAACUGCCAAGGAAUUUAUUAAAAUCAUAGAGAGUGCAGAAAAUGAGUAUCAGACAGCAAUUAGUGAAAAUUAUCAAACUAUGUCAGACACCACGUUCAAGGCCUUGCGCCGGCAGCUUCCAGUUACCCGCACCAAAAUCGACUGGAACAAGAUACUCAGUUACAAGAUUGGCAAAGAAAUGCAGAAUGCUUAAAGGCCGUCUGUAGGAGUCUCCAGUACAUGGAAAGAAAAGGAUUCAACACGGUGUGGUCAUAUGAUGAAUAAGUGAUUUAUAAACAAACAAGAGUGAUAUUUUGCUAGUUAACAAAGUUAACAGAUCUUCUAGCCUCGUGGAAUACUGUUGAACCUACAGCACUGUCUUGAUUCUUUUGUGUGUGUUCUUUGCUUUGUAAUUUUCUGUUAUCAUUCUAUCUACUUGUAAAUCGUUUUGUUUUGUUUUUUUAAUUCUGCUACAUUUAAUGUCAAAGAGAUAUAUCCUGAAGUCAUUUUACUGUUUAGAAAAUUUCCUAGCCAUGCAGUCCUAUGACUGGUUUUUACAGAGUAUCUGUUGAG